AACCUUAACUCUCCCAACAAAGGUCUGCUGUCGGAUGCCAUGACAGAUGUUCCCGUGGAUAGCGCGGCUUCGGCCAGGACCCCUGCGCCUGAAGGGCUGACUCUUGCUGAAGAGGAGGAGUUGAGAUCUGAGCUUGCCAAGGUUGAAGAAGAAAUUGGUACUCUCAGGCAAGUUCUGGCUGCUAAAGAGAGGCACUGUGGAGAGCUGAAGAGGAAGCUGGGUUUGACUCCCUUGGAUGGGUUGAAGCAAAACCUGUCUAAAAGCUGGCAUGACGUCCAAGUCUCCAACGCUUAUGUGAAAACAUCUGAGAAACUUGGAGAGUGGAAUGACAAAGUGACACAGUCUGACUUUUAUAAGAAGACCCAGGAAACCCUUUCCCAGGCGGGACAGAAGACUUCAGCAGCCCUUUCCAACGUAGGUUCCGUUAUCAGCNCCCCUCUCCUUUCCUCAAGGAAUUCUGCAACCUUCAAGUCGUUUGAAGAUCGCGUUGGGACCAUAAAGUCCAGGGUGGUGGGCAGCAGGGAAAACAGCGCUGAUGGCCUCCACUCCCCCUCGGGAGCUGGGGACAAGCCUCCACCAGACAACGCUCCUUUCUAG